AGUGUUUGUGCAGCCCAAUAGGCCUAGUGAAGAUGAACACCUCCUGCUGUGAGAUCGCCUCCACAGAUGGAUCGAAUUAUUUUGAUGACUUCAAUAACACUGCACUGGACAUUUAUUUUCGUGAAUACCCAAUAUAUGCCAUAAGUGUGCUGUUGGGUUUUCCUACUAACUUCUAUGUGAUAUGGCUUAUAGUAAGAGGAACAGGGAAUGGACUUGCGGCAGAGUUCUUCAGUCUGAACAUCUCCAUCUCUGAGAUCAUCCUCUGUCUGCACUCUCUCACUUGUCUUCUCGAGUAUACAUUUGAAAUUCCCUCCAUAAUGUGGCCUAUUCUUAUAGGACUAAUCAUCACUGGUCGUCCUCUGUUUCAGUGUCUGAUGUGUGUUGAGCAUUACCUGGCAGUGGUUCAUCCUGUAACCUUUCUGAAGUACAAACCUCUCAGAUAUAGAGUGAUCUGCUCUGUUAUUGCCUGGGUGGCAUCUUUUGGUGCCUCUGUGCUUUAUUAUAUAAUUUGGUGGUUCAUCUUGAUGGAGUAUUACUUGUAUUACAUGCUGGCACAGCAGAUCCUCUAUCUCUCCAUCCAGUUGUUUUGUCUUGUGGCUGUUCUCAGAGCUCUGAAGCAGUCAGGACCAGGAGAGAGAGUGAGAGAGAGAGAAGAGGAAAACCACAUGAAGAGAAGAGCGUUUUAUGUCAUUCUAAUAACUACUGUGACCACGGUUGUCAUAGCUCGAUUUUGA